AUCUGUGCUCAGUGGGUUGUCACUCCAUGUUGUAAUGUGUUAUUUAUUGUGUGUGUGUUCCAGGGUGUUGAGGGUAAUCCGUAGUAUCAGGGGUUUUGCCUCCAUGCAGGGUAUGGCUAUGAUGGUCACCGUCAUUAUGCAGUCCAUUCCAGACAUGGCCAACAUCUUCUUCCUCCUCCUCAUCAUCAUGCUUGUGUUUGCGGUGUUCGGCGUGACCCUGUUCAGUGCUGCUGUCCCAUCAGCCUUUGGGGACCUGUUCUCAGCCCUCUACACCCUCUUCAUCUGCAUCACCCAGGACGGAUGGAUGGACAUCUACAGGGAGUUUAAGGCUGAUGAGGGGCUGAUGUACGGAGCUUCUCUCUACUUUUUCAUCUUCCUCACUGGCGGAGCCUUCAUCUUCGCCAACCUUCUCGUUGCCGUGGUAACCACCAACCUUGAGAUCUCCAUGCCCGACUAUGAUGAAAAGAAUUCGAACGAGUGUUCGCCUGCGGCGCUGAUUCCAGAGGACACGGGAGGCUUGGCGGAACAGAGCAACAUCCACAUGGAGGAGGUGGUGACCAAGUCCAACAUGACCCGGCGCCAGAAGCCCUGGAAGGCGAGCUGUCUAGAGAACCUGACCAUGGACACCUUCGAGGAGCUGGCACUUGUCACGGCUGCUAUGCAGAAGAACAUGGCUGCCUACAGGGAGAUAAGACAAGAGCUGGACAGUAUAGUGGAGGAGGUGCACAGCCUGUCUUUCAACGUAAAGCAAGAGCAGGAGGUGAUGAUGAGGAACCAUAUGGCUGCAACCCUCCAGGACAACCUAUUGAAUAAUGAUAUCGCCACAGGCCGCACCGGAGACAUACUGUCCACCCUCAUCACCCUGGAGAAGGCUCAUGUCAUAGACUCGAACACAGCAUCUGCUCACCUGUUCCAGAAGGGGAACAUGCGUCACACAGCCAUGAGGCUGUCCAUGGACAGCCCGAUGUACUACCAGUCUACUUCUACACAUAUGGAUGCGGGACACAGUAACACUCCCAGCACACACCACAACACAGGCUGAACAUACUUUUAACAGGAAUUUCUUCAUGUCCCAAAUCAUUUGGCUUUACUGAUUAGCUGAAAUGGUCUCAAAGAUAAUGAUAGAUUAACUGGCUAAAUCAGACUCAGGUUUGCUGCACACAUUUCCACAUGCAGAUCAAUAUUAACCAUGUAAUGUGACAUCAAGGAAGAGUUAGUUUCUUGAUAAAAAAAGAACUGGUGACUGAGGUAAAUGAUCAUAAAGGUUUCACAAAGUGUCUAAAAGUAUAUACCAAAAGGGAUAGAACUUGGAGUCUAUUAAAAGCAUCUUUAUAA